GGGAGCACCCCUUGAGGAGGACCCCAGAGUCCCGGCACCGGCUCCCGCCCCCGGGCAGCGCUCACGGGGUUAAGUCCCCCGGGGCCGGACUCCGCCUCGGCCUCUCCCGGACCCAGAGCCGGUCCCUGGAACACUGGGCAGCCCUGAGCUCUGGGAUGGAGCCGGAAGCGGUGCUGUGGGGCCCAGAUCUGCAAGGCCCUGAACAGAGCCCCAACGAUGCUCACAGAGGUGCUGAGAGUGGGAACGAAGAGGAGAGCCCUCGGCAGGAAAGCUCUGGGGAAGAGAUCAUCUUGGGCGAUCCAGCUCAGAGCCCAGAAUUCAAGGACCCACCAGAGAUGCCCCCGGAGAGAGCCUCCCCGGAUCCCUCAGGCCGCCAGGACCCCCCGUCUCCAUUGGGUGACCCCAACCCCCUGGACCACCAGACUCCUCUUGACCCCCCGACCCCCGAGGCGGUCCCUACCCCGUCUGACUGGACCAAGGCCUGCGAGGCCAGCUGGCAGUGGGGGACUCUGACCACAUGGAACAGCCCCCCGGUGGUCCCCGCCAAUGAGUCCAGCCUGCGGGAGCUGGUGCAAGGCCGGCCCUCCGGGGCCGAGAAGCCCUACAUCUGCAACGAGUGCGGCAAGAGCUUCAGCCAGUGGUCCAAGCUGCUGCGGCACCAGCGCAUCCACACGGGCGAGCGCCCCAACACCUGCUCCGAGUGCGGCAAGAGCUUCACGCAGAGCUCGCACCUGGUGCAGCACCAGCGCACGCACACCGGCGAGAAGCCCUACAAGUGCCCGGACUGCGGCAAGUGUUUCAGCUGGAGCUCCAACCUGGUGCAGCACCAGCGCACGCACACGGGCGAGAAGCCCUACAAGUGCACCGAGUGCGAGAAGGCCUUCACCCAGAGCACCAACCUCAUCAAGCACCAGCGCUCGCACACGGGCGAGAAGCCCUACAAGUGCGGCGAGUGCCGGCGCGCCUUCUACCGCAGCUCCGACCUCAUCCAGCACCAGGCCACGCACACCGGCGAGAAGCCGUACAAGUGCCCUGAGUGCGGCAAGCGCUUCGGCCAGAACCACAACCUCCUCAAGCACCAGAAGAUCCACGCGGGCGAGAAGCCUUACCGCUGCACUGAGUGCGGCAAGAGCUUCAUCCAGAGCUCAGAGCUGACCCAGCACCAGCGCACGCACACCGGCGAGAAGCCCUACGAGUGCCUCGAGUGCGGCAAGAGCUUCGGCCACAGCUCCACCCUCAUCAAGCACCAGCGCACCCACCUGCGCGAGGACCCCUUCAAGUGCCCGGUCUGCGGCAAGACCUUCACGCUGAGCGCCACGCUGCUGCGGCACCAGCGCACGCACACGGGCGAGCGGCCCUACAAGUGCCCCGAGUGCGGCAAGAGCUUCAGCGUCAGCUCCAACCUCAUCAACCACCAGCGCAUCCACCGCGGGGAGCGGCCCUACAUCUGCGCCGACUGCGGCAAGAGCUUCAUCAUGAGCUCCACGCUCAUCCGCCACCAGCGCAUCCACACGGGCGAGAAGCCCUACAAGUGCUCCGACUGCGGCAAGAGCUUCAUCCGCAGCUCCCACCUCAUCCAGCACCGCCGCACCCACACGGGCGAGAAGCCCUACAAGUGCCCCGAGUGCGGCAAGAGCUUCAGCCAGAGCUCCAACCUCAUCACGCACGUGCGCACCCACAUGGACGAGAACCUGUUCGUGUGCUCCGACUGCGGGAAGGCCUUCCUGGAGGCCCACGAGCUGGAGCAGCACCGGGUGAUCCACGAACGAGGGAAGACACCGGCCCGGAGAGCUCAGGGCGACUCUCUGCUCGGGCUCGGGGACCCCGCCCUGCUGACCCCGCCCCCUGGAGCCAAACCACACAAGUGUCUUGUCUGUGGAAAGGGGUUCAACGAUGAGGGCAUUUUCAUGCAGCACCAGAGGAUCCACAUCGGAGAAAACCCCUACAAAAACUCAGACGGCCUCCUCGCACACCCAGCCCCCAAGCCUCCCCAGCUCCGGCCGCCCAGGCUCCCUUUUGGAGGCAACUCCUACCCCGGUGCUUCGGAGGGCAGAGCGGACGCCCUGGGACAGCCCUUUAAGACGCCCGAGGGGCAGGAGAGCUUCAGCCAAAGGCUGGGCCUGCUCUCCAAGUCCUACAUCUGCUCCCACUGCGGAGAAAGCUUCCUGGACCGGGCUGUGCUCCUCCAACACCAGCUCACCCACGGCAGCGAGAAGCCCUUCCUCUUUCCCGAUUACAGGAUUGGUCUAGCAGAAGGGGCAGGGCCCAGCCCCUUCCUCAGCAGAAAGCCCUUUAAAUGCCCGGAGUGCAAAAAGAGCUUUGGGCUCAGCUCGGAGCUGCUGCUGCACCAGAAAGUCCAUGCGGGUGGGAAAGCACAGAAGAACCCAGAGCUGGGAAAGAGCUCGUCUGUCCUCCUGGAGCACCUCAGGAGCCCCCUGGGGGCCAGACCCUACAGCUGCUCAGAUUGUGGGGCCUCCUUCCAGGAUCGCCUGGCCCUCCUCCGGCACCAGGAGACACACACCCAGGAAAAGUCCCCCAGACCCGAAGACCCCCUUCCAGAGCCAGUCACCCCGCCCCCAAGUCAGGAAGGUGAAAGCGAGGCCCCCACACCCGCAGGGAGCAGUAGCCAUGAGGAUGGGGAAGCCCCCAAAACUCUCUUGGAAGAAAAGCCCUAUUUGUGCCCCGAGUGCGGAGAUGGCUUCACAGAGGUCGCAGCCCUCCUUCUCCACAGGAGCUGCCACCCUGGGGUUGCCCUGUGAAGUGGGUCUGGAGGCCGGGGGCCUCUCUCUCCUGAGAGGAACACUGGAUCUCCCCAGAUAUUGUACGAGAAAAGAAAGAAAACCCUAUCAGAUUGUAGACGUGUGGAGGAUAAAGGACCCUGGGUAAAAAUAGUGCUUUUAUAUUAGUGGUAAGAAACCCUAUAAGUUGUUGGUGGGAACCACUUAUAAUGCAGUAGAGAAAAACCGUUGGGUUAGAAACCCUAUAAAUACGUAGGAAAAAAGCCCUUUAAGUCUGUAGCAGAAAUCCCUAUAAACCAUAGUGGAUAAAAGCCCUAUUAAUUGUAGGAUGAGGUCCCAUAUGUCUCUAGACAACCUUAGGAAACUGUACUGAAAUCCUUGUAAAGCUAUAGGGUUGGGGAAACGCAGGGAAUAUAGCAAUGGCGUUGACUUGGGAGCAGUGGCCCUUGGAAGGUGUGAAAGGACCCCCCCAUGAACUUGCUCAGCAGUGUUCUUCCUCUCCCGGCACAUGGGAGGGGCUCAUUCCCAGAAGCCAUGGACAGUUACACUGAGUAACAUGGGAACUGGAGAAGGAAGAAAACAAAGACAGGACAAAAGUAAGUGAGGAAGAGCCCUCAGACCCACAGAGAAGAGCCCGGGAAGGAGGAGGAGAAAGGCCAGCUCGCUGCUCUGGGGCUUCCUCGGGGCACAAGGCCAAUCCUAGGUAAAGUGUAUGAAGAUGAAGAGGCUCCUGAAUUCCUUAUCAGAAAGAAGCCAAAAUGGGGAAGAAAAAAAAAUAGGACGUUGAGCCUUUUAAAGGCUGAAGUUUGGGGUGCAUAUAACUUGAAGUGUAAGAAUACCAGGGAACCACCACAAAAAUGCAGGGGGAAGAGUCGGGAUUCUUUGAGGGAAGGAAGCCAAGCAGAGGAACUGCUCAGAUGGAACCCAGCUCACUCCGCUGUCUUCCCCAUUCCUGGGAGCUUGUUAAACUGCAAGUGCAAGCGGGUCCCAGCCAGGCCACCGGGUCCUCCCCCAGCCAGGCAGGACGACCCUCUCCUGGGGACUCCCGUGUUGAGAGGCCUCCAGGACUGGAGGGUCCCUCCUGCUGACAUCUCAGGUCUCACUGACAAGAGGUUCCUCCUGAACUCUCACUGCCGCCCGUGUCGCUGCAGUGGCAGCCAUGUCCUUGAGUUCUGUCCUCAGUGAAGGGAGAACUGCUGCUAGUUGACCUCCAAAGAGUAAAGCCCUUCAGAGUCUCAAGGCCUGUGUGUGCACAGAUCCUCUCUAGCGUGCUCUUCGGCAAGUCAGUGGGAGCUGUGCGCAGGUUCCCUGUGGCAACCAAGACAGCGAGUUAAGAGAACAGAGAUUUGAUUGGUCAGCAAUCUGCUCUUAAACCUUACUCUCUUCUCUAAGCUGAUAGCAACGCUGCUGGCAGGAUAAGCCAGCCGCACAGUGAUGGUGCCCAAACCCCCCCCCCCAGAGAGUAUAUGGAGGCCUGACCACCUUCCUUGCCCCAUAUCUGGAGCCCCUAAAGUGACCAAUCCCCCUGAUUGUAGUCUUGGGAAGGGAUGGAUUCCACCUACUUGACUCUUCUCCUCCUUAAUCAGAAACCUUCAGAGGGAGACGGAAAGAUGAGAACUGCACCCUGCCAGCCCAUCUGUUCUCACACACCACACAGCUACACGCUUUCAUUAACCCAGCAGACCUGCCCACGUGACUGGGUGUCUGCGGCAGGAGAGAGACUGUUGCCCUCUGAAAUGAUUGGAGAAAACUCUUGAAACAUCCGUAACAAGAACCCAUCCCCUCACCCUGGAGACACCAUCCAGUGCUGGGUCCAAAGGAAGUGCCCCUCACCCAGCAAUGCACUGUGGUCCUGAAGUGAGAACCAACGUGCCGGAGAGGUGGAGUCACAUCUGAGAGGGUGACCGGGAACCCUGCGAAGCUGUGGAAGAGGCCUCUCAUUUCAUUACUUGAAGUUCAGAAGGUGGAAGUCCUUCACCUUUCAUCUACCCUGCCCCCAAAAGGAUACCCCUCAAAUUUAAAGGGUCAAAAUCUAGAACACUGUAGGAGUAAAAAGCCAGGCCUGCUGGGGAGGAGAGGGCAGGGGUUGCAUGACUGUGGGGAGACUCUGCCAUCUGCAUUCAACUCCCACCCAACCCAAGUGCAAGGUCAGAAAGCCCUACUGAGGGGAGGAGCCUGCCUGCGGAAGCCUCCAGAGGGGGAGUCCCGGCGAGACGACAGGACACAGUCCUGUCUGUCAAAGCAGAUUCUUUUCCCUCUAAGAUGGCAGCAGAAAGAAACUCCAGUAUAGACAAAACCCCUUUAAAGGUAGAAGCAGAACCCCCAAAACAGUCUGAGUAAUCUGUCUCCAGAGGAGUCCUGGGAGCAGCCAGCCCAGGGGGAGGUGGUCCGUGUGGUCAGAGGCUGGCCACGGGCCUAUGAGGACUUGGUGUAGCAUAUGUAGUGGGAUGCUCGCAUGUUGUAGGAACGGGUUAGGGCCAGGAGUUUAGGCUCCGGUACUUCAAUGGAUGAUGUGGAUAUGAUGAGUUGGGGUCUGGAAAGGGGCAGAGUCAGAGACCUUUGGGGUAUGACCUGUUCUCUGUUGCUCACUUCCCCCAACUCCUUAAGCCAGGUGCUCCUCUCCCAGAACAAGUUACAUCUGGGGAGGAACUGAGCAGGGGAUUGGUUGGGGGAGGCGGCGAUGUCCAGAGUCCCUCUGACCAGCUCAGGCAGAGGCCCGGAUCGCCCUGAGGCCUCUUGUCCAACUCCACGCAGGCCUGACUCUCCAGCAGUGCCUCACUGAGGAGCCCAACAGACAGGGUCAGAGAGUCGGUGAAAGCAGAGGGAAGAGUAGAAACUGAUCUGAGCUUAGGGCGAAACUCGAAACUGCUAUGGAUAUGGAGGUCAGAAGGGAACUCAAAAGAACUGGGCAUGAAUCCUGGAUGAUGAGGAAACUUGAAACUCACACAGAGGGGUUCCAUGGCGCCUGCCCCCGAGAUGAGCAGCCCCAAACUCCUUCGCCCUCAUUAGGGAAGCCCCACUCACCUUACUUGUGCCCCCGGAGUGAAGAGAGGCCCCCCUUUUGAGUGUUGUGUGUCAGUAAGUGUUGUGUCACUGGUGGUCAUGUUGAUUAGUAGGAGAGAAUAAAGGGAGUAAGAUUUCC